AAAGUGGGUUAUGAACUUGAUCAACACAUUGGAGUCCAAGAAGUAUGGUAUACAAUGUGCUGAAUACGACCGGGAUUUCAGCUGUGGUGGGAAGUACAUCACAGAUCUGUUUCUGGAGUUUCUUAGAAACUCUCACUGGAUAAUCGUGGUGCUGUCGCCGGAGUUUGUCCGGUCAAAGUGGUCGAUGUACCAGCUGAAUCUAGCUGUUCAUUACAGCAUCUGCAACAACCACGGCAAUAUUGUGCCUUUAAUGAAAACAUCUGUCGCCGUUCCAGAUUGUCUGAAAUGUUUUGAGUUGGUAGAUACAAGAGAAAGGAAAUGGCGUACACAACUUUUACAACGAUUGCGUUUUCCAGCCACGAUGUCUCCAAAGUUUAAGCCAGUCUGCACAAACGAAGGUCAUAUCAGUAUUCAGUCUUUGGGUGGGCACAGCACUCGCAGAGUAGUGUCUGAACAGUUCCAUCUUCAGAGAAAUGAUACACUUUCACAGGAGGAUUUUAACAAAGUUAAGAUCCUAAAGUACAGGAGCGAAGGUCGGAACUUUUUGGACAAGGCACGCCACGCCAAGGAACCCCAUCGUAACUUUCUGAAACAAGGAGGCAUGGUGAGGACAGUUUCGUCGGCUACCUGUUACAACAGGCACAGUACGGACAAGAGACAUCAAGAGUGCUUAGGUGAAGAGUUCGGACGUAAGACUAAGAAAGGAUCAGAUGAUGACGGUGCCACCUAUUCUAGCGAUGGCUUCGACGCUGUUCCCGACUCCGUGUUGGAUUCUGGGAACCACGCCAAGAUACUAAGAUUACAUAAUGGAAUAGGAAAACAACGCAUCGACGCUGAUAGUUUGCUCAGAUCACACAACUAACAUGGGGAAGAUAGGUUUUCAAAUAUGGUGUCGUUUCCCAUGCGGCAGAGUUAGGAUCGGGUGUAUUGAGAAGUUAUACCCUGUUGUUCGACAAAGUGUUUUUAAUUCA